GCGACUCACCAAAAAGGGUACACGGAUGGAUAAGUCUGGGUCAUCAUUGCCUUGAAGGUUUACCACUACCUCCACCCAUCCAUCAUAUGGGACGUCAUCUCCCGUGACGGCAGACACACUCAGAGGAUCAUCCAACAGUUCACUGAGGGGUCGAACAUCUUGGUCAGUGCCGCCGAGGGACAUUUUCCAAUCCGGCUCCGAGGCACGAAAAGCGGGGAACGCAGCUCUGACAACAUCUCGCAAGUUUUCCUUUUUUCUUUCGAUUUUUGGAUCUACUUGUAUCGAGAACAGAACCCCCCAAAAGAUUUAGAUCUCUGUGGGCUACCUGCAUGACUGUUACCAUGACAGCCUGUACAGCCGCCCUCCUCCUGUUGGCCCUGAGUGUGUGCCGAGGCCUGCAGCAGUCGGCCCCGCGGAUACGCCUCUCCUUCAAAGAGCUGAUGGACACCAGGGCGGCGCGGCCCUUCAGUUUCUCCUUCAACACCAGCGACUACCGCAUCCUGCUGAUGGACCAGGACCAGGGCCGGCUGUACCUGGGCAGCCGCGAGUACCUGGUGGCUCUGGACAUGCACAACGUCAACAAGGAGCCGCUCAUUAUCCACUGGCCGGCGUCUGCGAAGAGAAAGGGAGAGUGCCAGAUGACGGGAAAGGGAAGACAGGGUGAAUGUGCCAACUUUGUGCGUAUGAUCGAGCCGUGGAACCGCACCCACCUGUACACCUGCGGCACGGGGGCGUACCAACCCAUCUGCACGUUCAUCAACAGAGGCUGGAGGGCGGAGGUGAACAUCUCCCCUGAGUGGGGCUUACAGCGGUGGCGUCCUGCUAAAUAUUUCAGCACUACAAACUGGGACACUGAUUUGUUUGUGAUUUUCCCCCGCUGCUCCCAUGUGACGAUUUUCUAUGUUCAUGCAUCCUCUCCUCUGCAGGACUACCUGUUCAGGCUGGUGCCCGGCUACGUGGAUUCAGGGAAGGGAAAAUGUUCCUACGAUCCGAAACAGGAGAACAUCGCAGUCCUGAUCAACGGUAACCUGUACGCAGGUGUCCACAUCGACUUCAUGAGCACAGACGCCGCUCUGUUCAGGACGAUGGGAGGCAGGACGGCCAUCAGGACGGAGCAGUACGACUCCAGGUGGCUGAACGAGCCGGUGUUUGUUCAGAUCCAGCAGAUCCCUGACAGCGCAGAAAGAAACGACGACAAGCUUUACUUCUUUUUCCGUGAGAAGAGUCUAGACUCGAGCGGGGGGGCGAGCCCCAGCGUACUGGCCCGAGUGGGGAGGGUGUGUCUGAAUGAUGAAGGAGGCCAGAAGUCGCUGGUGAACCGCUGGACGACGUUCCUGAAAGCUCGCCUCAUCUGCUCGGUGAUCGGAGAGGACGGAGUGGAGACGAGAUUCGAUGAACUACGCGACGUGUUUAUUCAGCCCACACAGGAUGAGCGGAACCCCACGGUGUACGCUCUGUUCACCACAGCGGGCUCUGUGUUUAAGGGCUCGGCGGUCUGCGUUUACUCGAUGGCCGACAUCCGCAACGUCUUCAAUGGACCGUUCGCCCACAAACACGGACACAACUACCAAUGGACGGAGUACACUGGGAAGAUUCCCUACCCACGGCCUGGAACUUGUCCAGGAGGAACGUUCACUCCUGGUAUCCGCUCCUCCAAGAACUUUUCCGACGAGGCGGUGAACUUCAUCCGAGCGCACCCCCUCAUGAUCCACCCGGUGUAUCCGAUCCACCGCCGCCCCCUGGUGGUGAGGACCGGCGUGGACUACAGGUUCACGGCGCUGGUGGUGGACCAGGUGGACGCUGUGGACGCCCGCUACGAGGUGCUGUUUCUCGGGACAGAUCGAGGCACCGUCCAAAAAGUUAUAGUCCUUCCUAAGGACCCGACUAGCAUGGAGGAACUGACGCUGGAGGAAGUGGAGGUUUUCCGGUCCAGAGCUCCAGUGAAAACCAUGAAGAUAUCGUCUAAGAGACAACAGCUGUACGUGUCCUCGGACGCGGGGCUGACCCAGGUGUCUCUGCACCGCUGUGGGGUUUACGGCCGGGCCUGCUCGGACUGCUGCCUGGCCCGGGACCCUUACUGUGCCUGGGACGGAGAGAGCUGCUCCGCCUUCACCCCGUCCACCAAGAGGAGGAGCCGAAGACAGGACGUUAAACAUGGAGACCCUCUGAGGCAGUGCAGGGGCUUCAAUGCCAAAGUUGAGAAGCGUCUGAGGGAGACGGUGCAGUUUGGGGUGGAGGGCAGCAGCACCUUCCUGGAGUGCCAGCCUCGCUCUCCUCAGGCCACCGUCAAGUGGCUGUUCCAGCGGGAAGGGAAGAGGAGAGUGCUCAACCGUGUCGGGGGAGUCCUGAAGACCAACCACGGCAUCCUCCUGAAGUCUCUGAACCAGUCAGACGCGGGGCUGUACCACUGCCUGGCCACGGAGAACAACUUCAAACACACAGUGGCCCGCGUGGCGCUGCGCAUCCUGGACCGGGACAUCGUGAUGGCGCUCACCGCUCAGGACGAGGACGAGGAGCCCAAAACUCGCCAGGCGGGGGGGCCUCACACGCAGUCGUCCAUCGCCUCCACGCCGUUUCCUCCGGAGAUCAGACUGAUAAACCAGUACUGCCAGUCGUACUGGGAGCAGCUGAGCCCCCGGCAGCAGCAGCAGCAGCAGCGCAAACGCACCAACCGCCGGCACACAGAGGGUCAGGACCAGGGCCUGGGCUAGAGGACAGACCCCCGAACACCGGCCCCUAUGGACUUUAUGGUGGACUCUUUCCUUUUUUUACAUGCAUGUUUGUGUGUCACUUCCAUGCGUUAGGCGGGUGAUGCCUUCAUGCUGUCGUUAAAGUGCAAUACUUGUGGUUUUGCAGAAGUGUCAGCCUAAAUACAUGUGGUGUAUGUUUCAUAUUACCUGUGAUCACUUCAGAAGGUGGGUUUACCCUUAUGAGGAAUUUCCUUUGGUGUAAAUGGUGCAUAAAUGAACACAGUGGGAGGAAUACGUUUCAGAAAAGAAGCAAAAAAAGUUCCAUUAAUAAAACUUUUUUUAAAACAUAUUUAAAAACACCCAAAAUAAAAGAUAAAGGUUUGUUUAUCUCUCUCCGGGAUCAGCUUGUGUUGAGUUUGAAAUAUAAAUUAAGCCGGAUACAUAUUUCAGAUUCCUCCCAUAUAGGGAUUGUUUUUGUCUCCAUGGUAAGUUCAAGUGCUUUGGGAAACGCCAGCAUCCUUGAAAGUGGAAGAACAACAUUUUAAGAGCAAUAGACAAAAUAAAAAAGCCAUUUUCACAACAACCACGUUUGCUUAUUUGCAUUUUCUAGGUUUUAUUCUCCAACCAAACAACCGUUGUCAUUUCUAAACAGACUGUGAUGGAUCAAAUAUCAAACUUCGGUCUGUUUCUGUUUUGGUAAACUGUAGACUUUCAUGUGAGCAGGCUUCAUCAUGCAAAAGCACAGGUAUGGUUCUGUCAGUUAUCCAGAAACAGAAAUGUAAUAUAUUGAUUGUGAAUAUAAUAUAUAUGGUCAUUGGAUUACUCUUGUAUUGUAUGAAGAUAAUAUGAUGAUAUAAAUGCAUAUGCUGCAUGCAUAUCUGUUUGUUGCAAGCUGUACAUUUUACUCAGUGUGUGAUGAUGUGUGUAAGGUGUCAAGUGUGACGUUAAGCUAAUUCCAUUGGAUGUUGUCAUAUAAUGACUCCUGCUGUCCUGUGCUUCAGUGAAACCUCCAGUAUGUGAGUGUUGAAGAUAUGCAUAGCAUACAGUGUUCUUCCAGUUAUGCACUUUGUCGGUGGUGGUGUUCGAGGGACUUUGGGGAUCUUUGCACAGAUGUUUGAGAAAUUGAUCGUUUUUAUUUGAUGUACAGUAUGUUGUUAUUAUACAAAUGCGAUUGGAACUGGCUCGGAUUUAGUAUUGAUUGUUGGUGUUUUGUCAAACUGUGUAUUUUAAAAAGGCUCUCUUUAGUCAGAGCCGCUCACCGUCAUUGUGAGUGACACCGUGCUGUGUGCCGUCAGGAAUCCCACACUGGAAAUGUUCCAACAAAUAUAAACCCUUUCAGAUCA